AUGGGUGCCUGCUUAUUGCAGCUCCUGCGUACCCUACAACAACACCACCUCAACAAAAUCAACAGCUGCAACAGCAAAAUCCUCUCAGCCCAGCUUCAUACUCUGGGCUGGGAGGACUGUCUUGAGCGCUGUGACGCGCUGCUCUUGACUUCAGGUUAUGAGCCUGCUGGUAUCACCUUCGGUAUUAUCCUCUUCUGCUUUUUCAAUCAACUUGAUCUAAUUCGUUCUUCCGCAGGCCAAGUCGGCAAGGUGCUUGGUGAGCGCUGGAAGGCUCUCAAUGACAAGCAGCGUGCCCCGUAUGAGGCCAAGGCUGCUCAAGAUAAGAAGCGGCACGAGGACGAGAAGGCUAGCUAG